CCCCGUCCUUCAGUGUUAGCUGUUUGCUGCUGCAUUUAGCUGACAUCAUUGAAGUUGUUAUUGCAAUUGUGAAGAGGUACUUUGUGAACGGGAGAUUGUGCUUCUGAAAUUUUGCUAAAGAUUUGUUGCCCUUGAAAGCGAUUUUUUUUUUGCAGCACUCUUCCUAAGCCAUUGAGAAGGACGGCAAAUAAGUAAUAGGAAGGGAAGGAAAUGGCUGAUAGAACUGCACCGAAAUGCCAGCUGCGGUUAGAGUGGGUUUAUGGUUACCGAGGUCACCAGUGCCGGAAUAAUCUAUACUACACGGUUGCCAAGGAGGUGGUCUACUUCGUUGCCGGAGUGGGAAUUGUCUACAACACCAGGGAACACACACAGAAAUUUUUCCUUGGCCAUAACGAUGAUGUUAUCAGCCUUGCCUUACAUCCUGAACGAAGUCUGGUAGCAACAGGUCAAGUUGGAAAGGAUCCUUAUAUCUGCAUUUGGGAUACUUACAAUGUACAGAUGGUUUCUAUUCUGAAAGACGUUCACACCCAUGGAAUUGCUUGCUUGGCGUUUGAUUCUGAUGGACAGCGCCUAGCCUCUGUAGGUCUGGAUGCCAAAAAUACAGCCUGCAUCUGGGAUUGGAAGAAAGGAAAAGUGCUAGCAACAGCAACUGGUCACUCAGAUAGGAUCUUUGAUAUUGCUUGGGAUCCAUAUCAGCAAAAUAGACUUGUUAGCUGUGGCGUGAAACAUAUUAAGUUCUGGACAUUAUGUGGGAAUGCACUAACACCCAAAAGGGGAAUCUUUGGUAAAACUGGUGACCUACAGACCAUUCUGUGUUUAGCAUGUGCUAAAGAUGAAACUACAUACUCUGGUGCAUUAAAUGGUGAUAUUUAUGUCUGGAAAGGGCUAAAUUUGGUCCGCACAAUUCAAGGAGCUCAUGGAGCAGGCAUAUUCAGUAUGUACUCCUGUGAAGAAGGUUUUGCUACUGGAGGGAGAGAUGGUUGCAUCCGACUGUGGGACACUGAUUUCAAACCAAUCACAAAAAUUGAUCUUCGUGAGACUGAUCAGGGAUACAAAGGUUUGUCUAUCAGGAGUGUUUGUUGGAAAGGCGACCGUAUUCUAGCAGGAACCCAGGACAGUGAAAUAUUUGAAGUGAUGGUUCGAGAACGAGAUAAACCUCUCCUUAUCAUGCAGGGCCACUGUGAAGGAGAGCUCUGGGGCUUGGCAGCCCAUCCUAAGAAACCGUUGGUUGUCACAGGCAGUGAUGAUCGAUCUGUACGCUUAUGGAGUCUUAUUGACCAUGCUCUUAUUGCACGCUGUAACAUGGAAGAGGCAGUACGCAGUGUUGCUUUCAGUAGUGAUGGAUCACAGCUUGCACUAGGAAUGAAGGAUGGUUCGUUUACUGUACUCAGAGUCAGAGAUAUGACGGAAGUGGUCCACAUUAAAGACCGAAAGGAGGUAAUUCAUGAAAUGAAAUAUUCUCCAGAUGGAUCUUACCUUGCUGUAGGUUCAAAUGAUGGUCUGGUUGAUAUCUACGCAGUUUCACAACGAUACAAGAAAGUUGGAGAAUGCAGCAAAUCAUCAAGUUUUAUUACACACAUUGACUGGUCUCUUGAUAGUAAACAUUUACAGGUCAAUGAUGGUGCUGGAGAAAGACUAUUUUACAAAAUGCCAUCUGGAAAGCACUUAACAAGUAAAGAUGAAAUAAAAGGAAUUCACUGGGCCACGUGGACUUGUGUAAUUGGACCUGAAGUAAAUGGAAUUUGGCCUAAAUACACAGACAUUACAGACAUCAAUUUUGUGGAUGCGAACUUUGGCAGCGCUAUACUCGUAUCUGGAGAUGACUUUGGAUUUGUCAAACUUUUUAGAUUUCCUUGUUUGAAGAAAGGAGCAAAAUUCCGUAAAUAUGUUGGACAUUCUGCGCAUGUGACUAAUGUGCGUUGGUCAUAUGAUUUUCAGUGGAUAAUUAGCACAGGUGGUGCUGAUCAUUCUGUAUUUCAAUGGAGAUUUAUUCCAGAAGGGAUGUCAAAUGGAGGCUUUGAUGCAGCACAAGAAAGUUAUGCUGAUUCGAACAGUGAAGAAUCUGACUCAGAUCUCUCGGAUGUGGCAGAAUUAGAUUCUGACAUUGAACAAGAAGUCCAAAUCAAUUAUGAUCGUCAGGUCUAUAAAGAAGAUCUACCUCAGCUCAAACAGCAAAGCAAAGAGAAAAAGCAAGCAGCAGCUUCUCUAAAAAGAGACAAAGCUCCUGAAGGAAGCUUGAAGUUACAGUUUGUCCAUGGGUACAGAGGAUAUGAUUGUCGAAAUAACCUCUUCUAUACUCAAACUGCUGAAGUGGUCUACCAUGUUGCUGCUGUUGGUAUUGUUUAUAAUCGACAACAGCAUUCACAGAGAUUCUACCUUGGACAUGAUGAUGAUAUUCUUUGUCUGGCCAUUCAUCCAGUAAAGGACUAUGUGGCUACAGGGCAGGUUGGACGGGAUCCAUCAAUUCACGUUUGGGAUACUCAAACUCUUAAAUGUUUGUCAUUACUGAAAGGACAGCACCAGAGAGGAGUAUGUGCCCUUGACUUUUCAUCUGAUGGAAAAAAUUUGGUGUCGGUUGGUUUGGAUGACAACCACACUAUUGUAGUGUGGGACUGGAAAAAGGGAGAAAGACAAGCAACAUCAAGAGGACAUAAAGACAAGAUCUUUGUAGUGAAGUACAAUCCGCAUCAUGUGGACAAGCUUGUUACUGUUGGGGUAAAGCAUAUAAAAUUCUGGCAACAUACAGGUGGUGGCCUUACUUCUAAGCGAGGAAUAUUUGGUAACAUGGGGAAACUGGAGACAAUGAUGUGUGUUUCGUAUGGCCAGAUGGAAGACAUGAUGUUCUCUGGAGCUGCAAAUGGAGAUGUUUACAUCUGGAAAAGAAACCUUCUACUCAAGACAAUUAAAGCACAUGAUGGCCCUGUUAUUGCAAUGCAUGCCUUAGAUAAGGGAUUUGUGACAGGUGGCAAAGAUGGUAUUGUUGAACUCUGGGAUGAUAUAUUUGAGAGAUGUCUAAAGACAUAUGCAAUCAAGAGAUCAGCAUUGUCACCUGGCUCAAAAGGUUUGCUUCUGGAAGACAAUCCUUCAUUACGUGCCAUUACAUUAGGACAUGGACAUAUACUUGUCGGAACGAAGAAUGGUGAAAUACUUGAAAUUGAUAAAAGUGGACCUAUCACGUUGCUAGUUCAGGGUCAUAUGGAAGGGGAGGUUUGGGGCCUUGCGGCUCAUCCUAUUCUCCCCAUCUGUGCUACUGUAAGUGAUGAUAAAACAUUAAGAAUUUGGGAACUCUCCUUUAAUCAUCGUAUGCUAGCAGUACGUAAACUUAAAAAAGGUGGCAGAUGUUGUGAUUUCUCACCAGAUGGAAAAGUCUUAGCCGUUGGUUUAAAUGAUGGGAGUUUUCAUGUAGUCAAUGCGGAUACCCUGGAAGAUAUAGUGUCUUUUCACCACAGGAAGGAAAAUAUAUCCGAUAUAAAAUUUUCACCAGAUGCAGGGAAAUACCUGGCAGUUUCUUCACAUGAUAAUUUUGUGGACAUCUACAAUGUACUUUCAAGUAAAAGAGUUGGAAUAUGUAAAGGAGCUUCUAGUUAUAUUACUCAUAUAGACUGGGAUGUAAGAGGGAAGCUAUUACAAGUUAAUUCAGGUGCUAAAGAGCAUUUGUUUUUUGAAGCACCAAGAGGGAGACGGCAAACUAUAAGGAGUACAGAGAUAGAGAAGAUAGAUUGGGCUACUUGGUCAUGCGUUUUAGGGCCAACAUGUGAAGGAAUCUGGCCUACACACAGUGAUAUCACAGAUGUCAAUGCAGCCUGUCUGACCAAAGACAAAAAACUCAUUGUCACAGGAGAUGACUUUGGCUUUAUGAAACUCUUUUCUUAUCCAGUAAAGGGCCGAUAUGCAAAGUUUAAGAAGUAUGUGGGCCACAGUGCACAUGUGACUAAUGUGCGAUGGGCACAAGACGACAGUUUGUUGCUGACGGUGGGUGGAGCUGACACCGCUUUGAUGAUCUGGAGUUGGGAAACUGAUGGAAACAGGGACAACAACCCUGUGGACAGUGAAGAGUCUGAUGACACUGAUGAAGAUGGAGGCUAUGACAGUGAUGUUGCAAAAGAGAAGUCCAUCGAUUACACAACCAAGAUCUAUGCAGUUAGUAUCAGGGAGAUGUCAGGCACAAAGCCACAUCUUCAACCAAAAGAAGUCUCAACAGAAGAAAGGCAGGGAAUUGUCAAGGGAUCCAGACCACCAGUCAGCAGAGCCACUCCUCAACCAGAGAAACUACAAAAGAAUAAUCUUAACAAGAAGAAAAAAUUGGUGGAGGAAAUUGCCUUAGAACAUGUGUUUGGAUACAGAGGCUUUGACUGCCGCAACAACCUUCAUUAUCUCAAUGAUGGGACUGAUAUUGUUUUUCACACAGCUGCUGCUGGCAUUGUUCAGAACCUGUCAUCAGGUCUCCAAAGUUUUUAUGUGGAGCAUACAGAUGACAUACUCUGCUUAACUGUCAACCAACACCCAAAGUACAAAAAUGUUGUAGCGACUGGACAAAUAGGGACAACUCCAUCCAUUCAUGUGUGGGAUGUCAUAACCAAGCAGACACUUUCUAUUCUCCGUUGUUCCCACAAUAAAGGUGUCAGUUAUGUUAACUUCAGUGCCACUGGCAAGUUGCUGUUAUCAGUGGGUGUCGACCCUGAACACACUAUCACUGUUUGGAGGUGGCAGGAAGGUGUCAAAGUUACUAGCAAAUGUGCCCAUAGUGAGAGAAUUUUUGUGAUUGAGUUCCGUCCAGAUUCAGAUACACAGUUUGUAUCUGUGGGAAUAAAACAUAUAAAAUUUUGGACCUUGGCUGGUGGAGCAUUACUUUCGAAAAAAGGCACCAUUGGAACUGUGAAUGAUGCAAGGAUGCAAACCAUGCUAUCUGUUGCCUUUGGUGCUAACAAUCUUACAUUCACUGGUGCCAUAAGCGGAGAUGUAUAUGUCUGGAAGGAUCACAGUUUAAUUCGAGUUGUAGCAAAAGCCCAUACAGGACCUGUUUUUACAAUGUACACAACUUUAAGAGAUGGCUUGAUAGUUACUGGAGGCAAAGAAAGACCGACAAAAGAGGGAGGUGCAGUAAAACUAUGGGAUCAGGAAAUGAAGCGAUGUCGACCAUUUCAGUUGGAGACAGGACAACUUGUGGACUGUGUGCGCUCUGUCUGUCGAGGAAAGGGAAAAAUACUUGUUGGAACUAAAGAUGGUCAGAUAAUUGAAGUUGGAGAAAAGAAUGCAGCAUCAAAUUGUUUAAUUGAUGCACACAUGGAAGGAGAAAUUUGGGGCCUUGCGACACAUCCCUCUAAAGACCACCUGAUUUCAGCAAGUGAUGAUGGCACUAUAAGAAUCUGGGAUUUGGCUGAUAAAAAAUUGCUAAACAAAGUGAACCUUGGCUAUGGUGCAAAAUGUGCUGCUUACAGCCCUGAUGGAGAAAUGGUUGCAAUUGGAAUGAAGAAUGGAGAAUUCAUUAUACUGCUGGUUAAUUCUCUGAAAGUGUGGGGCAAAAAACGUGACCGGAGUGCUGCCAUCAACGAUACCAGUUUUAGCCCCAAUUCCAUGUACCUGGCUGUUGGUUCUGCAGAAAAUACUGUUGAUUUUUACGACCUCACACAAGGCCCUACUUUAAACAGAACUGGUUAUUGCAAAGACAUUCCUAGUUUUGUCAUUCAAAUGGACUUCUCAGCUGACAGCAAACACAUCCAGGUAUCUACAGGUGCCUACAAGCGUCAGAUACAUGAGGUUCCAUCAGGCAAGCAAGUAUCUGACCAGGCAUCGAUUGAGAAAAUCACAUGGGCAUCAUGGACAAGCAUUUUGGGAGACGAGGUCCUUGGAAUUUGGCCACGCAAUGCUGAUAAAGCAGAUGUCAACUGUGCUUGCGUGUCUCAUGCUGGAUUAAACUUAGUGACUGGGGAUGAUUUUGGUUUGGUGAAGCUCUUUGACUUUCCUUGCACUGAAAAAUAUGCGAAACACAAGCGGUAUUUUGGUCAUUCUGCUCAUGUGGCCAAUGUACGCUUUUCGCAUGAUGACAAGUAUGUUAUCAGUGCUGGUGGUGAUGACUGCAGUAUAUUUGUAUGGCGAUGUCUUUGAAGGAAGAACAUUUUCCAAUGACUUUCUCAUUUAAUAAAUGGAAUCUUAGAUGCCUCAAUAACAACCUGGCUGCUAUAAAGCAAAAGUGCUUUAAGGUGCAUAUACUAAAAAUAAUUGUGUGUAUUUGUUUAAGAUAUAUUGUGAUUGUGAAGCUCAUGAUGUGAACGUCACUGAUGAUGCUGAAAAUGAGGACAAAAUAGCACAUACAUUUGGAAAAAUUAUGCAAUAGUCAUUUUAAGUUUUUAAAUAAAACUAAGGUUAGCUAGAAUAAACAGAAUCACUUGGAUAAACAGCUUUUAACACAUGGCAGUUGUUUAUGUAUUGCAACAAAUGUAUGUCCUGUGAACCAAAAGCACUAGUACAUUAUAGAGGUGAUUAUCAGAGUGAUUUCGAAUCAGAGUAUAUGCCUGCAUAAUGCAAUAUGACUCUGCAACAAGAGAAAUGCUGCAGAAUUUAGUUCCAAGUUUACAUGAACAUUUUUAUUCAGGUUAAAAUAUUCUAAAUAUUUUUGUUAAUAUGGAGGCACUUAAAAGUUUAUUUAGUUCUUAAAAGUGCAGUGGGUUCAAUGUUUCAUAGAAUACUGAAUGCUAGUUACAUUAGUCAUGACUACUAAUGGGCAGAGGCACAGCUCAUUAAACAUGUUCCAUAAUGGUCUUUUCACCAACGAUUCUAUGUCUGAAUUCAAGGGAGUUCAAAUGAACUGAAUUUUAGUACCAUUCUUAAUUAGAAUUGUAACAAGGAUAUAAUGUUUUUGCAAGGGAGGAGUUAUCAAUCAGUUUAUAUCAUAGGCUGAACUUUCCUUUUUGAAGCAAGAUAAAUGGUGGGCAGUAUUUCUGCCUGUCUCUCCUACCUCAUUGUAACCUCAGUCAAUUUUUUUGUUAACGUGGCAAACGGUCCAGGCACUUAGCUUUAAUUACAAAGAAAGUGUCUUCUGUUCCUAACAUGUGAAAAUCUGGCAUUUUUGCAGCAAAACUAAAGGCUUAGUAACUCAGUUAAAAGGGCCAAUGUAACACCAGGGAUGAUAAAUUUUAUAAAGUUCUUAAGUUUUCAUUGAGACUGUCGCAAGGAGGAUUAGGCUAAAAUGUAAAGCAAAUAACCAUUAUUACCAAAAAUUCCGAGUCCACUAUUGCUUUUCACUUGGCAGUCCCAAGGAAUGCAAAUAAUACAGGGUGAUGAGAAUGAAGUUGGCUGGUAAUGCAGGCUUCUAACAUCUUGUCAAUAUUUACAUGCAACAAGUCACGAAGAUGUAGACUAUACUGUUCCUAGACUUGGUACAAAUGCAAGCUGAAUGAGAGUUGGGCAGCACAAAGGUAGCAGGCCUUGUCUUCCAGUUUUGAUUUGUCUUCUACAGCUUUGCAACCCAAUUUCAGGCAUCAUGGAGGAAUGUCAAGUCCGACAUCCCUUCCCACGUGUCAAACUGCAGCUUUUGACAUUGCUGUUUAUGUUGUUGUAAAGCUCACAAUGUUUUUCACACAUUAUGAUCAAAAGCUUGAAAGUGCCAAACAGGAAUUGUUCAAGCCAAGUUGCAGGCAUCAUUUAUGAAACUAAGAAGUGGUAAAUUGGAAGACAAUGUGUUGUACUUCUGUAAGAAUAAGAUCAAAUUGAUAGGUUUGGCUAAAGAAAGCCUUUCUAUCGGUGUGUGGAUUAAUUGAUCCACACGAAUGAAAAGAAUGUUCCCCAUGUGUAGAUAGAAUUUCAAAUAGGAACAGCAUUAUGGUGACAUUUAUAUAAUCAAAAAGAAAAUGGAAACAAAACCAUUUUCUGGAACUAUGGCAGACUUUUACAAUUUUACAGAGAUCAUGAUUUUAGUCUCUUUACAUUUUUGUUUAGGCUAGCUAAAGUAGCUUUUCUAGUCUGUGCCAAAAAUAUGUCUUUAGUUUGCAAAAUCCCAAUACAUACUCAGUGAGGAGUACCACUAGUGCUAAAUAUUUUUAGGUGAAAUUAAUUUUACACAGCCUUCGUAGAAAGCAUCUAGAUAUCCAAAAUUGUAUCUUUUCCAAUCAUGUUUCAGUCCUGUGUGUGAAUGUGUUCCUCCAAUUACUCCUAACAGUACACCUCAGAUACCACUUUUGUUGCUCCUAUGCAAUUGAAUCCUUUUAUGCCAUGGCUUUCCUUGGAUGUAACUCGCAUUUCAUAGUUUAUCACUGAUGAAUAAUGGUUAACUGACUUGAAGUCCUAUGCAUAAGUGCCUUUGUACAGAAAUUCUACAUAAUCAGUUAUUUUUAAAAAUAGAAAUGUUGACCAUUCAUGGUGCUAUCAUAUCUAGAAAGACUGAAAUAAAACCAGGGCUAUCUUGAAUCUGAUUUUUAAACAAUGUAUAAAAUCAAAUCCUUACUGCAUUCUUUUUUGUUUAUACUGAUUUUGAUGUUCAAUUUCCAGAUGCAAGACAAUGCUGGAUUUUUUGCAUUUAACAAUUUGGAAUUAAAUGUAUUGGCUAACAGUUACGAUUUUUUUAACAUUUUCAAAUUAAAAGAACAUAUCUGCCACAUGUGCAGUAUUUUAACCACUGAUACCAGAAGUAAAUAUGCAGAAAUUGCUAAGGCAAUUUAGUGUAUCUAGAAUAUAUAAAAUGGCUAUGAAGUAUGAUACAUCAGACCCCAAUUUUCUCAUUAUAUGCAGCAUAAUCCCACUGAUUGAAUUAUGUGCCCAUUGUGCAAUGUCCUGAUAUAUGGAGUCCUCUAAGAAAUUUGAAUUCCUAAUAAUUUAGGAAGUAUAAUAUUUUUCAGCAUCUUUAGUUGACUACUAUAUUCAGCUUUACAGAAAUAUUCACAUUUCAAGAAAUAUUGCCUUAUAAUAUUUAAGGAUAUGGAUUAAAUUGGUGUCUAAAUUCUGCAAGCCAAAGUUCACUAUGCAGUGGCCACUAGCAUGGUGAUUUCAAACUAAUUUUGAAUAGUUCAUACGAAUAUCAAAUUAGUAAUGGUAGUAAACAGCGUUUGUAUUAUUAUUUAUAGUCUGUAUUUGUGCUAAUCCUUUUGCCUUUCAAAGUUUAAAGAUUAUGAAAUCGAGUUUUUUUUUAAUGUAUCCAAAUGACAGUGUAUAACUGAGUUAGCAAUGUGUUACACAGUAGAAUAAAAUAGCAAUAUAAUAAAUAUCCAUGGAAGUACUGACAUGAAAUGGUUAUAAACUGCAACUAUAUUAAUUUUGAUUCAGUUUGGAAA